CCCUGGAAUAAUAAUAAAGCAGAUUGUGGCAUCUGGGGCCUAUCUAUUUUCGUCAUCUAUUUUCACCCAAACCAGAGCUGUUUAUCCAAAGCUCGCUGAACUCUAGGAUUCAGGUAGUGUGGGACUCCGCUUUGGUUUUUCCCAGCCUGACUAAGGUUUGGCACACUAAAAACCAGCCUUGAUUUUGCCCAUCUCUGGCUGCCAACGUUCAGAACAAGGAGUCUCCUAACUAACGUUUAAACUCAGUACCUUCACAAUCCGGUGUCGCUGCUUCCUGGCAUCCUAGAAACAUGCCAGCCAGGUGUUUUCUUAAUUCAUUCCAGUGAUUUGCUAGCCUCCCAGCCAAGGUGUAGAGUGUGUGUUCUCUUUGCAUGACGCUGCAUGUUUAUUCACAGCAUUGUGCGAUCGGCUGCAGUGCACUUUAAUUCUGUGCAUUGUUCUCUGGGGCUGGUGAUGCCGUUGCAUUGUGCUGAGUUUUUAAGAGUGCGAACAGCACUGCUGAUGUGACUCAGUGGGGGCCUACUCUCAGCUGGACCUGGAUGAAACUAAAUGGUUCAGUCUCCCUGUGACCCACAUGCAUGGUGAGACAGGAAUAUUGAAAGAGAUGGAGUUAGUAUAACUAAAACAUUGAAAAGCUAUGCAAGAUUCACCCAGUUCCCUGGCAAUGGAUGGAUACUCCAGUAAUGUGCCAGCAUUCCUGACUAAACUGUGGACGUUGGUGGAAGAUCCUGAAACAAACCAUCUAAUUUGCUGGAGCACUAAUGGCACCAGCUUCCAUGUUUUUGAUCAAGGUCAGUUUGCCAAGGAGGUGCUGCCUAAAUAUUUCAAACACAACAACAUGGCCAGCUUCGUCCGGCAGCUGAACAUGUAUGGCUUCAGGAAAGUGGUAAAUAUAGAGCAGGGUGGCCUUGUCAAGCCUGAACGUGAUGAUACUGAGUUCCAGCAUCUUUAUUUCCUACAAGGCCACGAACACCUCUUGGAACACAUCAGAAGGAAGGUAUCUGUUGUGAAAAGUGAGGAAACGAAGAUGCGCCAGGAGGAUCUCAGCAGGUUGCUCUACGAAGUCCAGUUUCUGAGAAGUCAGCAGGAGAACAUGGAGUGUCAAAUGCAGGACAUGAAGCAACAGAAUGAAGUCCUGUGGCGGGAAGUUGUAUCUCUCAGGCAGAAUCAUUCUCAGCAACAGAAAGUGAUCAAUAAGCUGAUUCAGUUUCUGUUCGGCCAGCUCCAAUCAAACCCCAGCGGCGCUGGGAUAAAGAGAAAACUACCUCUGAUGCUAGAUGAUGGAAGCUCAGUGCCACAAGAGUCCAAGUUCAGCCGAAAUUUGUCUGUGGACCCUCUUCAUGAUUCCUAUUUCAUUCAGUCGCCAUCUACAGAAACUGCCUCAUGCUUAACCAGUCCUGCUAUUGCUGGAGGGCCAGUCAUAUCGGACGUUACUGAAGCAUCAUCACCGAAUGUCGUGUCGCUUCAAUCUCCUCCAGAGGGUAACAGGAAAAAAUGCCACAUGCUGAUCAAGGAAGAACCAGUUAGCCCUGGAGUGAAAGCCACAGCUGAGCCAGAUGUCUCUCUGCCUGGCUGUAGUGCCUGUGCUGAACCCCCUGUGUUACCAGUUGCAAUGGUUCAGUCUGUUUUAGAAGGCAAAGGGAGCUGCGGGGCGCCACAGUCUGCAAGUUCACAGCAACCCGAAAGAAGAGGCAGAAGGGCACCUCUAGACAGAACAGAAAUUUCUGACCCCAUGGAUGGCUCUGAUUUGAGUUUAGAAGGCCUGCAGAUGCUGCUGAGGAGCCAGCAGUAUAAUCUGGAACCUGCCAGCGUUUUGGAUGUCUUUAAUCCAAAUCUUUCAGUGAGUGAGUGGAAUCUGACUGACAUGGAAGCCAAUUUUUCACCGAUGCAGCAACUCUCAGUGGAUCUGGAGAAGAAUGUAAAUGAACCGUCUCCCAAAGUGUUAAAUCCUCACUUUAACACCACCUGCCCAGGGAAAGAUGUCAUUCUUGAAAGCACCCAGCAGUUUCUCAUUGAUCGUGAAGCAGACUUCAGGAGCAACAUUGUAAACCUGCCUGAAAGUUUAGCUCUUUAUAUUCCAUCAGAAAAUAUGGCUUCCUAUCUGUCUUCUGUGGGUCUCCAAGGAGAUAUCCCAUUAAACCUGAGCUCUCCCCCUGAAAGUAACUAGUGAUCUAUUUAGCUUUACAAGACAGUUGUGCCUUUUACUCCCUUACAAAAAUCUACAGUUUUGAAUGUAAAGGAACAACAGUGACUUAGAAACACACGAAAGGGUGGUUGUUGCUCUUUUUGAAUUGAUGGAAAACUCAGCUUCCAUACCUGUUUGCACCGCCCAAGCUGCACUUGUUUUCCCAUGCUUACCCCAGAUAAAUUUUACAAUAGGCAGUCUUUUUCCAAGAAACAAACUUGUGAGUGCCUAGUUACAGGAAAUCAGCUCUGCAACUGGUCCACCCCUAAAAGUGUUUUCUUUUUUACCCAUUUCCUUCUUUUGAUAUGAUGAUAGAUACUCGUAUCUCUCCCUUAUCUUCACAGUUUAAGCAGAACAUCCUGAAUUUGCAUAUCCCUCAGUUGACGUCAGUCUGUGCAGGAGAUGGAACUUUUUCUGAAGGCCCAUCCUAGACUGUAAAAGAAACUCCCAUAGAAACUAAGGACCAUCAUAAAUCUUACCACCUUCCAUUCCCAGUAUAAGAUGCACUUCUUUGACCUGCCUUCUUCAACAUCAACACUGAACAGCAUGGACGUUUAAUUUUUUUUAAAAAACCUACCAAACCACAACACUCCACUGCACACAAAAUUCCCCCCCUGGGAAGGGGAUGAGAAGGAACGAACCACAUGUGACACGUUAGUCACAUCACUUAAUGCAAUUCUGGAAGGUGCUCCGAUACUACUGUGAUGAGGGCAGUAUAAUAACCUAUAUAGUAUAGUAGAUAAAAUAGGACAAAGGGCUGGAUAUAAUUUUGGUUUUCAGUGGCGUUUCAAUACCUUGCAUGCUUAUCCAGUCUAAUCUACUGUGUGUUCGCAUUGACUUGGAGGUUAUUCCGAGUCCCCUGAAUAAGAUUUUACUAGCCUGUUGCUUUGUUCAUAUACACAAAUGAGAGGACCCAGAUUUCUUUAAUGGGAUCCUGAUUGAGUGAGACUUUCAGUGCAAAUACCUGCUGAGGGUGGGGAUGGGAGCGCUGAGAGGUACAGUGUACUCUGCCCACUAUCUUUUCUUCUUUUCUUUGUCCAACCUAAACCAGCGUCCAAACUUUGAAUCAGCCUUCUCUUUUAUGUGGUUUCUGAAGACUACGUUUCUCAACAAAGCAGAGCUUUGUUUUUUAUACUGUAGUUCUAGUGUUACACAAGGGAUUUCGUAUGGAGAAUCAGAGAUUUACUGUAUAUCAGUUGUUUCAGUAUUUUCUAAAUAAGUUGCAUUUCCCUAGAGAAAUUACUGACCCAAAUACCUAGCAAUUUAGACCUAACUUAGGCCUUCAAGCUGAAACAAAAAGGAAAGGCAUAAGCCAUGCCAAUGUCAAAUGAAAGAAGCACCCUGCCUCCUCUUACUGCCAUGACGAUACAUGGUACUGAACCAUGUUUCUGAGCAAUUUGAAUGGUCAAAUGGCAUCCUUCCCAAAAUAUUUAUUGAGAUAAAGUAUAACUGCAGUCAAAUUCUCCUUAAUGGAAAAAACACCCCACAUUUGAAAUGGACUUCCCCUCAGAGCCAUUUUCUCCAUUGAUUUAUCAAUAAAGAGCUGCAAUAGUUGAGAAACAUUGUGCUGGUUAACAAAUUUUGUCCAUCUGACUUUAUACUGUGGGUGCUACCAUUGUGAUUUUCACUGAGUACCUCUAUCACUAUCCCACAAGGUACAGUCCUUUAAGAAAUGAUGUUGAUGCAGCAUUUCUAUAAAUUCCAUCCAGUAUUUCUGUGCUUGUGACUAAGGGAAGCCCAUGGCAGUCCCCACUGGCUUACUAUUUAGAAAAUAUACCCAGUUGGACCAGGUAUCCCUAUAUGAUUCAUCUAUACUGGGAAGUAAAGAUGUUUUUGAUUAUCUGUAUAUCAUUUUCAGCAAUGAAUUGAGCUGAAAUUUAUUGAGUUGAUUUUUAUUCCGUUUACUUACUUACUUUCUUUCUUUUAUUAGAUAACUUAAAAUUGGCUGGAGGCUUGUUCCACUGGACAAACUUAUGGUUUCCUUAUUCAAGGACUAUUUAAUCACCUGGAUCUUUACACACAACUUCCAUUGCAACUGGUCUUUGUGCGGUAGUCUAAAGCCCUUAUUCAGUGAGGUAAUUAAGCACAUGCUUGAUUUAAGCCACUUGAGUAAUCCCAAUGAUGUUGAUGGGACUAUCACAUGCUUAAAGUUAGGCAUGUGCUUAAGUACCUUUCUGAAUCGGAAUCCAUUUGUGGUAGGAAAAUGAACCAUAUUAGGAUAGCUACUUGCAAAUAGGAAUAGACUAAACACAAUCCAAAAGAAUGAGCAAUUCCAAACAAGCGCUUAUAUAAACAGUUAGAUUCCAGCCUCCAUACUGCCAAACAUCAUACUGUGACCACUGCCAGCUGCUACUUUUUCUUUAGACCUCUUGCUCUAUUAUAGGCAUUAGAUUGGAAAUUCAUGGUAGAAAGGAACCCCUAGCAAUAUUUUUCUAGAAUCUCCCCUGCAAGGAAGUGUGACUGUAUUUCCUGGCUUUUUACACUUCGUUAACUUUACUUGAAGUUGAUACAUUGAGACUGCAUUUUUGCACUAUGCUGUACAUUUGUAAAGUUUUACAGAGAACACUAAUUAAAUACAUUUCCUUUUUCUCGUUUAGUCCUGCUUUGGCAUCUCUCCAUUCCCUGUUCCCUCUUCAUUUAUAAGUGGUAAUAACUUCCUAUUUCAAGGGGCUUGCAUGUGGGAUAGGACCAACUGCACUGAAAUCUAAUUGUUUUUUUUUCCAAACAGACAAUUGGCUCCAAAUAAAUAAAUGAGAAAAGAAUACUAACACAAAGCUAGUAAAUCUGGAUGAAUUUUUCAAACUAAGACCCUAAUCUUGAGAAGCUUUAUACAUGUGCUUAACUUUAUACGCAGUGAAUAGGACCAUUAAAGUGAAAAUCAGUGUCUAAAUCUGGUUAGUUACUGAAAUUUGGCUGUUUGUUGUUCUUUAAACAGUUAAACACUUUUUUUGUGGAAAUAUUCCAGUUGCUUCAAAAUUCUCCACUUUUCAAAAAAUUUUUGACAAAAACUUUUAGGGAAUCAUGUUGCCUCUUGGUCAUUUCAGGAGGCAGGUGUUGUUUUUUGGUUCAUUUAUCAUCAGUAGAUUUUUGUUGUUUUGUGGGGUGUAUUGUUUUGUUUUUUGCUCU